UUUUUUUUUUUACAUAUGUAGGAAAUCCUCUACCGUUUUAUAUGUAUAGAACAAGACAAGUAAUUUUUUGCAAGCCAGCAUCACCCUACUAAAAAACAACGUAAGGAUUUAUCGUAAGUGGCGUCAUAAAAAGGAUCUGUGACAUUGCGAUUUUAUUUUUUCCUUCCGCCGUUACUCUGUAAUUAAGAAUUUAACGUAGGGGCUACGCUGGGUAUUAAAUUUGGAAAAAGGGAGAAGGUGGAGCACUUCCCGUCGUACGUGUUGACGCAGUGGGGUUUCUACGUCUGGUCGGCGUUCCCCCCCGCCCCUCCCGCGGUGACGGCGAUGGGUAGGAAGCGGUGUGUUGGUGCAGAUUGUUCCAAGAUGGCGGCCGGGUGCUGCGGGGUGAAGAAGCAGAAGCUGUCGGGGUCCCCCGGUUCGGGGGGUCUCUGCGGGGCGGGGAGCGGUGGAGCUGGGACGGGACACUGCGGCUCGGACCUGGGGAUUGGCUCCUCGUCUGCAGUGGCGGCGGGGAGCGUGAAUCGGGUGAACGGCCUGGGGGGUCCGGGUUGUAGCGUUAGCGGCAACAGCAACGGGCUCUCCCCAACUUCGGGAGGCUACAGCACCACUGGUCUCUCCUCGACCCUCAGCCCCGGACUCGGCUCUGGCAGCGGGGGCAGGAAGAUGGUUGUUUCGGCGGAAAUGUGCUGCUUCUGUUUUGACGUUCUGUAUUGCCAUCUAUAUGGGUACCAGCCUCCUCGGACACCGAGGUUCACCAACGACCCAUACCCGCUGUUUGUCACAUGGAAGAUUGGCCGUGAUAAGCGAUUGAGGGGUUGUAUAGGUACUUUUUCUGCCAUGAACCUGCACUCAGGACUCAGGGAGUACACACUUACCAGUGCCCUUAAAGACAGCCGCUUUCCCCCCAUGACGAGGGAAGAGUUGCCACGGCUUUUCUGCUCCGUAUCUCUGCUCACCAACUUUGAAGAUGUUGGUGAUUAUCUAGACUGGGAGGUGGGUGUACAUGGCAUUAGGAUAGAAUUUUUCAAUGAGAAAGGAUCAAAGCGCACUGCCACCUACCUGCCAGAGGUUGCAAAGGAGCAAGGUUGGGACCACAUUCAGACCAUAGAUUCCUUAUUGCGAAAGGGCGGUUACAAAGCUCCCAUCAAUAAUGACUUCAGGAAGACCAUUAAAUUGACCAGGUAUCGUAGUGAAAAGAUGACCAUGAACUACACGGAUUACAUCAGCCUUCGCCAGCAACACCAUCACUACCAGAACGGCAUCGGGCACCCUCUCCCCCCAUACAACCAUUAUUCCUGACAGCGAGCCGCAUGACCAGUCACUGGACCUCUUCCCAGGAGAGCCCGCCCCUUCUUGGUCUAGCUAUCUCUACUACUGUACCAUUUUAUGAUGAUAGUUUCCGUUGCCAUGGCGUCGGUCGCACGACCUCGGCAUGGCAACGGGCGGCAACUCCAUCAUAUCAAAUUUUGAUAAACACCAAUUUCUCCUUUUUAUUUUGUGUUAGAAGUUAAUGAGUUUUUGCAGCAUAUAUAUAUAUAUAUAUAUAUAUAUAUAUAUAUAUAUAUAUAUAUAUAUAUAUAUAUAUAAAUCUAAUCCCUCUUUUCCUUUAAACAUUCAGAUUUUUCUUUUUAAUUAAUAUCAUAAUCCUAAUCAGGUUAUUAUUGUGUCUGUGGAUGGAAGGAAGAGUUGAGUUGAUAAUGGGUUACUUUGUUUAGGGUGGCUUGUUUUAGUUUGUGUGCUUAGGCUUUGUAGGAUGUAUUAAUUAGGGGUUAUUUUAUUUUUGACUUGACAGAAUCUUGCCCCGAUCUGACCUCCUUAUGUACAAUGUAAUUAGCAGGACCGUGUCCAUUUACUUUUGCGUGCGUUUGCAGUAUAGAGUAGUUGAUUUUUUCAUCCAGCAGUGUAAUGACGAGUGUACUGUUUGUGAGCUGUCAGUUUUUAGUGUGCUGGGUAUUUUAGCUUGUGUGCUGCAGGUGGGAGCAGUCUGGUAAAACCAGCUUGGGGUAAGCUAGUUCUAGGGCCUACAAUCAGAAUUGCUGAUAUAAUAUUGUGAAAGAAUUGCAAAUCUGAAGACAUACCUGUCGGAACAGACAAUUACCAAAUAAAUUAGAUUGCAGAAAUAUUUAUUUAAUUUUAUCCAAAAUAAUUUCCCCCCAGGCAUUAAUUAGAGACUGUGCGUGUUUAACACUUGUAACUGAAACAAAUUAGCCAGUACGAUAUAACAGUGUAAUGAGACUUUUAUAUAAAAAUGUGUAUUGCCCAGUGUUCCACAGUCUUCCACAUGAAUCGAAAUUGUAACAGUCGUCCACAGGUUAUUUAAUUGUUACAUAAUCUGUUUUGGAAUGAAUAUCUGCUACUGGUACAUUUUUUAUUAGGAUUUUUUAUUUAUUUUUUUAUUUUUUGGUGGAAUGAAAGUAGGAGGUAACUCAUUCUACAUUUAGGAGACUGAUUGUAAAAUAAGGCUGAUCUCUAAAGACAGGUUAGAUGAAUUGCAUGUAAAUUGAGAGGCAGGAGUAGCCAUUAGAAUCUGGGGCCCUGUUAACUUCGAUUUAUUUCUUUAUUCUUUUAACAGAUCAUCUAAUAGCUGCAUAACCUGCCAGGUAUUUUACGGUGGUGAAAACCAGUUAAGUGAGGGUUGAAGAAAAAAAAAAAAAAAAAUCUGUUAAAAGCCAUACUUCUUAUAAUGCAUGCGUCUGUAUCGGUCUGUGUUUUAUAUUUAAGGAAGAUGGUAGAGUUUUGGAGCUGGGAUGCUGCGGCUGUAUUGUGCUCUAGUGCCAUACAUACUGGAAUGCUGCAGAUGUCUCAGGAAUUUCAAAGCUUUUAACUUGGGAUUUCAGGAUUUUCUUUUGUUCUUUGGAAAUUCCACCAACGGUUCAGGACUGCUGUGUAGAAAUGUGGACCCUGUAAUCAUCAAAUUUCAUAAGGGUUUCUUGUAAAAACUAAAAUACACUGAGUUUGUUAUUUUACUUGCAUUGGUGUUACCAGUCUCAACAUCUUACAACUGUAUCGAAUUUCCAUAGGACACUACAGAAAUCUGUGAUAUUCCUUGGAUAAAUACAUUUUUAAAAGUGUGUUGUCGUCUAGUAACAGUGCCAGCGAGAAAAAUUAUGGUUGUGAACCAGUGUGUAUUGGAUGUUUAUUAGCAUGCUACAGGUUUUUAGAUGUGGUUUGUCGUGUUUCUAAAGGGGAGUCCUUGUUGCUCCUUGGGCAUGUAAGCAAAUAUAAUCACUCCGGCAAAAUGAAGUGCUUGUAACAAGUCAGCGACGUUAGGAAACAGGCUAGUCUGUGAAAUCAGAGAGACACAAUGUAGUUUGGAAAUAAGUUAGGUGAGUAAGCCAUGUUAAAGCCACUCUGCCACUCUUUGAAUUGUAACCCCUUGCUGUCAGUGCUGGAUGUCACGCUGCAUAGGGUGGAGUCCAUGCUCAUUUUAGAUCUCAUUGCAGGCUUGAAUUUCAAAGCCCAAAUUUGGUGAAACCACUGUUGGCCAUAUCUAUUUAUUGGUAGUUUUUCAUCAGUUGAUCGAAUCUGUAUGAGAUCAAUAUGACUGGUAUAAUGAGCGGACAUCAGAAUUGGCCAAGUGAUUGGUGAGAGAAGAGCAACGACCAGGGAUCUGGUACAGAUUUGACCUUGCUCAUUGAGUGUGUUUUAUAGUUGCAUGAUCCAGUUAAGAUGACUUACUCACCUCUAGCUGCUGUAAGGAAGCAACUUGUAACUGUUAAGGGCUUUUGGUAUUCCAUCCACAGUAAUCUUAUAGUCCAAAAAAAAAAAGCUUCAGUUGUGUUGCCUUAAUAUUAAUAAAUAAAGUGGGACCAGAAAAAACAGUGGUUGGAUGCUCUCUAGUUUUGAAUUGGUAGAACUAAAUGACAAUAUCUCCAAGCAAUGCAAUCCAAGAAUGUGAGUAAUUGUAAAUGCAGUGAGGAUGGAGCAUCCACACCUCCAUGUUACUUCUGGUCCCUAUUGAAAAUGAGUACAAACUGAAUAUUGUCUGCUGCAAAACCAAGCCUACUAGAUUCCUUAAAAAAAACGGAAUCUAUAAACAUUCAACCCAUUGUUUUUGCUUCGGCAUGCUCAUCCUACUGUUAGAGAUUAUUAAAGAGAUAAAUACAAUUUCUAUGGUGCUAAUGGACCUAGUGUUGGGGAGGGGGUCACAUGACUGGUCAUGUGGACUCAUCAAUCAUAUCAGACUAUAACCCUUGAUAUAUGCAGAUCUGUUUUACAGAUGUUUCUUACCAGUGUAACAAUGAUGAUAAACUCAUCCUGCAGGUUUGAAAGGACCAGGAUGAACAGUUCAUGCCCUCCAUUGCCUGGGAAAAACUGCAGUUUUUAAUCAUCUCUGUUGUAGAUUGCGGCGUUGAAGAGCAGAUUCAUUCUUGUACUUUUAACUGCGACAAGCGGUGACUAUGAAACCGAGAUUUUGCAGGUUUUCCUAGGUGGGGUACCCUUGUCUAUCUGCUCUCAAAACAGGACCUGGAGCAUUCACUUAGAUGUGCUACAUAUAUGUAUAUGUAUAUAUGUGUGUAUGUAUGUAUGUAUGUAUGUAUGUAUGUGUGUGUGUGUAUAUGUAUAUAUGUGUGUGUAUAUAUAUAUAUAUAUAUAUAUAUAUAUAUAUAUAUAUAUAUACACACACACACUCACUACACAUUCACUCUCAAAGCAAAAUGCUGUACAGCACAUUCUGUUUACAUACAUCUCUUGUUAUAGGAUAAUCUGUUAGUGCUUUUUAUGUGGGCCCUACAUUUCUUUUGUUCUGAUUUGGUCACUGAUAUACAUUUGGUAAAAUGAUAUACUGCAGCCAAUUAGGGACUUUAUUAAGGAGCUAGAUUUCCAAUUUAAAAAGAAAAUGUUCUACGGUUUGCUAGCUGUUAACAUGCAAAAAUCAGAAGUGUUUGAUCGGGAUUUCUUUUAUAUAUAAUCCAAGUACAAAUGUCAGUCUGGCCUGCUGUGCACAUUUGAUUAAUCCUGGCAGUGAUUUCUAUAUUUGUUAUUAAAUUCACCAUGCACACAAUACUAUUUACAAAAUUAAAUUGUGCUCAAGUGAUUCUUCUUCAUCGAUAUACCUGUAGUGGCGUUCUGUGCUGUGUAAAAUAAUUUGUCUGUCGCAUUUUUCAGACUUGGAAGUUAGCUCUCAUUGUAGAGCUUCCUCUCUGAAAUGAAAAUUCUCUUGCACGGUUUUAAAAAUUCCUGUUCAGAGUGUUACCCCUUACUAAAAGAUGGAUUUGUUCUGUGGUUCGUCCUUGUAUACAGACAGGAUCUCUUUCAGUCCAGACAAAAAACAAAAACCGUAUACCAUGCAAAACACAUUAUGGGUUGAAAAAACUUUGUGAGGGUUUGGGAGACAAAACCGGCAGGGACUGUUUUCUCCUCCUCACGCUACACCGAACCCUGAAGGCCAGGCACCCAUUGAGUUCAAAAGCAGACACCUGUAGGGCUGGCCUUUGUCCUUCAGAGGCCGGUAGCUCGCUGACAUCUGCGCUCAAGUUCCUGGGUGUAAAAGAGGAAGCUGGAGGGUAGUGGGAUCAGAGGAUGCCCACUGAACCUUUAGUUCUCCCGAGUUGUUGAGGGGAAAAUGACUGGACAUUUCAAAUUAGGGAGUAAAAUAAUUGGGCACAAUAAACCAUUAAAAAAAUUAUUCAGCAAAUAGAUUUUUGUUUUGCAAAAUUUUACAACUGCAUACAUUCUGUCAUUCAACUGUCAUACAUUCUAAAGUCAGAUGAACUUUGCAUGGUGUCCUGCUUUUUCUUUUUUUUUUUUCACAUUAUGCUUCUCUUGACAGUCCAGCAGCAGCACAGAGCCUCUUUCUUCAGAACUGGCGAGGCAACUUUUACAAUUAUAAAUUAUAAUUGUUCUAAUAACAUAUUAAUUAAAAUGACUUGAAUUGGCUUCGAUAUGUGCAAUGCAUAACAUUGAGAGAAUGUGACCAGGUCCAUGUUUUGAGAUAAGAGCCAAAGUAAGAGAUUUAAAGUUUAAAACGUCUGUAGGUGGUCGUCGUCUGAAACCUACAGGCUUGUGUACAACUGUGCUGUGCGUCUGUCUCCAACGGCGUUGUUCUUUUCAAUGCCCUGCCACUUUCCUUCACAGGUGCAAUGUCUAUAGAAAUGCAUAGGACUAGUAAAGAUCAACCAUAUUCAUUUUUGGUGGGCUGUAAUCAAAGCCACAAAGGUUUUGUUUUUGUUUCCUUCUUUUAAGUGUGUCUGGAGCAUGUAGGCUACAUUACCUUUGUGUGUUAGAUCAAACCAAAGAGGCCCCCAGCCAUGUCCAAAUGCUGCUUAGAAAGUCUGCCUUCCUGUCCUUCCAAAACACCCUGCAGGAGAAGAGCUUCACUUUUUUGUUGUUUGUUUUUUUAAUAAAAUGUAGUACAAUUACUAACAGUUUUUUUGCUAGCAAACUUUAUUCAAUCAAGUUUCAUUUAAAGUCCUGAAUGUCCUAUGAAGUGACAUCAGAUGUUUUAAAAACUGGUUAUGUUUUUUUUUUUUUUAUAUAUACAAGAAAACCCCAUAGCGUGCCUAUUAGAUUUAUGGGUUUCUUAAUGUGUUCUUACUGUUUUUUUUUCUUCCUAAAGACCAGCAGUGAUACUUUAUAUACGAAGAUAUGUUGAUACUUAUUUUGAUUUGUCAUUUAAGGAAAAGCCUCUUAUUUUACCCUGGACCCAGUAGCUGUGCUAGUAUACAAUCGCACUGAUAGAAUUAUACAAAAUAAUACAAUACUACAAUAAACUUGUGUUUGGAACUUUUUGUAAAAAACGAAAAAUACAUAAAUAACUGUUUUUGUAUAUCCAAAGUUGAUUUUUUUCAAAAUAUUUUGGAUCUAGUUAUUUUAGUGCUUUUACAUGUUCCAAGAGAAUUAGUUUGAAUCUAUCGCCAACAGAGAGAGAGAUGUGGUGAUAUUCUGGGCUAAGGGCUGCCUGGUGUAGUUUCUGGCCCUCACUUGUUUUACUUCAUAGAGACUUGAAAGUAGACCUGAAAGAAAAAGUGCCCUUCGAGAUCCUCCUUCCUUUUCCUUCCACAAUGAGUUGCUGUUAGUGUGACAAACGCUCCAAGUGAGCAUUUAAUAUGAUAGUAAGGCUCCAAAAAAAAUUAAAAAAAAUUUAAAAGGCAAAAAAAAAAAAUAAAUAAAAUAAAUAUAUCUAGGCAGGUUAUUGGUGGGUCUGUGAGAUACGGCUGUGGCAAUUAUAUUGUAGUUUUAAAACACUAUUGUUAUUACCAUUUAAUCAUUUAUCCAAUAAAAACAUUUAAAAACUGA